AUGACAACGCAGCUGUUCCUCCUCCUGCUUGCCCUCCCCCAACUCUGGGCGUUUGUGGAACCAGACUCUCUCAGAGUUAGCAUACCAGUGGAGGCCCCCUUGCGACCCUUGCUUGGGGCAAAGGUGCUGUUGCCCUGUUACUUUGAGGAUGCUGUCGUGGCCCCACCCACUCCCUCUGUGGUCCAAUCUUAUCGUGUGAAGUGGAGUCAUGUGACAGAGGCGGGCUCUCGCACAGUGCUGGUGGCAGAGGGAGGAGUUGUGCGUGUGGAGGCAGAGUUUGUGGACCGCGUUACCAUGGUGACGUACCCCCUGGUGCCCACGGAUGUUUCCUUGGAGAUCACAGAGUUACGGGCGUCCGACUCCGGUGUUUACCGCUGUGAUAUCACUCAUGGCCUCCACGGCAGUCACGACGCUGUCCGUGUGGAGGUGACCGGGCUGGUCUUCCAUUACCGCGCCUCGUCCCGUUACUCUCUAACCUUUGAAAAGGCCAAAUCUGUGUGUGAAGAGAACAGCGCCACCAUCGCGACUCCAGCGCAACUGCAGGCAGCAUAUGACGACGGCCUUCACCAGUGUGAUGCCGGCUGGUUAUCAGACCAGACUGUCAGAUAUCCAAUCCAAGAGCCUCGGGAGCGUUGCUAUGGAGACAAAGAAAACUUCCCCGGAGUCCGGACUUACGGAGUCCGAGACCAGAAUGAGACCUAUGACGUGUACUGCUUCAGCCACAAGAUGGAGGGUCACGUGUUUUACUCCACGUCUCUGGCAAAGUUCUCGUUUCCUGAAGCUGCAGAUCAGUGUGUGAAGCUGGGAGGACGUCUCGCCAACACAGGUGAGCUCUACCUGGCCUGGGGUCGGGGCAUGGAUGUGUGCAGUGCUGGUUGGCUGAUGGACCACAGUGUGAGGUACCCCAUCAAUAAGCCCCGCCUCCAGUGUGGAGGGGGGGAGACAGGGGUGCGUACCAUUUAUCUCCAUGACAACCAGACGGGUUUCCCUGGCGACGACGCCCGCUACCAUGCCAUCUGCUUUACAGAAACAAAGAGAGAGCGUCAUCUGUCACCUACAAUCUCUCUCCCUAAAACCUUCAAACAAGAGGGAGAGGACCCUGGACUUGCCACAGGAGAGGAGGUGAAAGGAGGAAAUGUCAUCACCAUCCACCCACCUGAGAGCCACGCACCCACAGGCGUAGUGUUCCACUACCGCUCCCCCAGGGGGCGAUACGAGCUAACAUUUGAGGAGGCCGCGAAAACUUGUGUGAAUGUGGGUGGAGUCAUUGCAAGUCCUGAGCAACUGCAGACGGCGUUCCAGAACGGGUUUCACCAGUGUGACGCAGGCUGGCUCCGUGACCAGACAGUCAGGUACCCCGUCGUCUCCCCCAGAGAGCACUGUGGUGGAUCCCUGUUGGUUCCUGGAGUCCGAUCAUACGGAGUGAGACCCCUGUUUGAGAAAUAUGACGUUUACUGUUAUGUGGACGGACUACAGGGGGAGGUCUUCUUCUCCAGUGACUACGACAGCUUCUCUCUGGAUGAAGCGCAUCAUCACUGUGCACAGCUCAACGCGUCGCUGGCGUCUCUGGGGCAACUGUACGCGGCGUGGAAGGCGGGGCUAGACCAGUGCAAACCCGGAUGGUUACGUGACGGGUCUGUGCGUUACCCUGUCAACAAGCCCCGCCCACACUGCGGCCAGGGAACCACAGGAGUCCUGACCAUCCACGCCUUCCCCAACCAGACGGGCUUCCCAGAUGUGCAUUCUCGCUACGACGCUUACUGCUACAGGGAGGUGAAUGUGACUGAGGUGACCACAGACUCCGCCCCCACAUACUCCACCCCCACAGGCUCCACCCCCACAGACUCCGCCCCCACAGGCUCCACCCCCACAGGAUUUACUCCAGAUGAGCCGGAGGUUACAGUAACAAUGCUCACGGUUACAGAGGAUGUUGCUGUGACAAUGCUGGCAGUGACGGAAGAGGUGAUCCGCGCAGUUACGGUCCCAGAACAGCAGGUGGCACCCACAGCGUUCCCCACCCUCACACCCGAGCUGGAGACCUCUGCUUCAGGAGAUCCAUCUGGAGAAAGUGGAGUCGGCUCAGCGCCAGAUCAUGACUCUGGGUUCGGCUCGGGUCAGGUCUCUGGAUCUGGAUCUGCUGAAGGCUCCGGUGUGAUGUUUGUCUCUGGAGACAAGGACCUGCCCACAGCCAGAAGAGCUCAGGAGGCCACAGGAGAAACAGGAUCUGGGGGACAACCAUCUGGUGAAGAUUCUGUCUCUGGUCUUUGGUCUGGGUCUCCGUCCGGGUCUGGUCUUUUGUCUGGUCUUGGGUCUGGGUCAGGUCAAAGUGGUUCUGAGGUGAUCCUUGUGGAUAGUGGGUCGAAGAAGCAGAUUACUGUGUCCGGAUUUGGACAGGAAGGUCGAGGGGGAGUGGUCUACAGUGGCUCCGGGUACUCUUCAUCUGGGCCAUCAGGAUCUGGGUCUUCGGGGUCUGGGAUAUCUCCAGUGCAGUUUGUGGAUGGGAUUUUUGUAGGCCAGACCCCAGAGCAGACUGCAGAGCAAGAGGGCCGAGGCAGGGUGGUGUACAGCAGCUCAGCUGGGUCUGGGGUUUCGGGGUCUGGGGUCUCCGGAUCUGGACUUUCUGAGGUGCAGUUUGUGGAUCAGACUCUUGUGGACCACACUUUAGACCAGACCUCAGGGCAGGAGCUCUCUGGGUCUCUGCAGGUCGGGUCUGGGCUCAGCAGCUCCUCUGGAGUAGCCUCAGCCCUGGAGCCCUGGCAGCGCCUCAGGGGAGAUGUUGUGUACGUGACGGUCGCUGAGCUGAACAAGAGUCUGUCCUGGAGCCAGGAACAAGAAGGGCGGGGCCAAGUGCACUACAGCGGGGACCACGCCUCCUCCUCAGGAAGCAGCGGAAGAGCCAUCGAACAAUCAGAGCUGGACAAGCCUGACUUCCACCAAUCAGAGGCUGUGACUCAGGCUGCAGCCUACACCAGCCCCACGACAGCCCCCUCAGUGUCUCUGCUGCCCCCUGCAGCCGUGGAGCCACCAGCACUGGUCACAGCAGACGGUUGUGUAGACGGUUGGCUUUUCUUCUCUGGUUCCUGUUACCUUCACGUCAGCGACAGACUCACCUGGACGGAGGCGGAGCAAAUGUGUGUGCAAGCCGACGCCCACUUGACCAGUGUCCAAUCAGAGGAGGAGCAGCUCUUCCUCAACUCUCAUGGUCAGGACUAUCAGUGGAUCGGCCUCAAUGACAAAGACGUCCAGGGAGAGUUCAAGUGGACGGACGGCGCCGCUCUGACAUUCCUGAACUGGAGGCCCAAUCAGCCCGAUCAUUACUUUGGGGCCGGAGAGGACUGUGUGGUGAUGAUCUGGCAUGAAGCUGGACAGUGGAAUGACGUGCCCUGUACCUACCAGCUUCCCUUCACCUGCAAGAGUGCACCAGUCUCGUGUGGCGCCCCUCCUGCAGUACCACAUGCACGAGCACUAGGGGGUGUCAGGGAGCGCUAUGUGGCUGGCUCCAUCGUCAGAUACCAGUGUGACCCAGGCUUCACACAGCGCCACCUGCCAGUUGUACGCUGUGGAGACAACGGCCAGUGGGAGGAGCCUCAGGUGGAGUGUACAGAAGAAAGAAAUCGCCACAAACGAUCUACAAGAAGGAAACAGGAGCAAGACCAGCUCUGA